GAGCCAAAGUGACUGAGUGAUGCCGAAGGAAUGCGCUCCCCGAAAAAAAACAAAAAAGUUUCGUCGGGAAAACUGCAAACCAUGUCUGGCUUAUAAAAUGUGCAAUUAAACCGCAAUAAAUGUGCAGGGCUCUAUGUCGCUGGUGCCUUUUGCUCUGGCCACGAACAAUUCACGUUUCACUUGAACGGAAAACGUCGAAGCAAACGGACGCAACGCACGCCGGCUCGACGCAGUGGUUGUUUUCGAAUUUCGUAUAUUCGAGCGCGCGCGUAUUGAAAACCAAGUGCGAGAUCGUGUGAACGGCGAUAUAUAGUUAUAUGCGGGAUAGAGAUAACUUACCUUGUGCCAUAGUGUCAAUACCAGCAGGAUAUCUUCUCGGUGCUGAGUGAAAAGCGUAGUGAAGUGCUCUGUCGUCAUAAUGAGUGUAAGCGGAGACAAGUAAACUAAAGGCGAUAAGGUUACAGAUGUCCUAAGCACACACAACAACCCAAACCCAAACCCAAACACACACAGCACACCAGUGGCCUCUGCAAGGAUUUCAGGGGACUGGGGAUAUGUAACUGGAUCUGGAUACAUGUUGGCUCCUAAGACAACAGCCCGCUCCUUUGGUCGCACUGCAGCAGAAACGGGAGCAACAAAAGCGAGACACCGGAUCGUAUUCACCACGUCGACGGAGCGAGUGUGCAGCUAAUGCUAAUGCCAGCUCCUUCAGCUAGCUUGCCACAUCGCCAGCAGCAGCAGCAGCAGGAACGACUAGUGCAGUUGCAAUUGCAGGUGUCCCUGCAGGUGCAUCAGUUGCACAGGAAGCGCAGGACAGGACGACACCUCCGACGAACGACGGGCCAACUGACAGCAGCGAAGCAUGGCGGUGAUUAAUAAAGCCGGAAAUGUGAUUGCCCUGCUGGUUAGCCUGCAGCUAAUCCUGCUCCUCUUGCUGCCAGUUUCCGGGGAGUUGCCGCAGCUGGACUACGGCAGUCUGUCCGCCUCCCUGGAGGAGGAUGCAAUUGACCCGCUGACGGCCAUGGCCCCCUUCGCCAAUUCCCUGGUCACCGAAGAGUCGGCCCCGCACAAGAACCACGUGGAGUUGCUGGGCAACAGCAGCGAGGAUGAGAAUGCCAGGCCGCCACAGGGAACUUCCUCGGCAGGAUCAUCAGGAGCGGCAGCGGGAUCGGGCAUACUCCUCGAGGAGUUCAACACCGGCAAAUUGAGUCCCGGCGAGGCCAGCAACACGCUGCCCAUUUUCCUCAUCGAACCGGAGAGUGUGUUCGUGGUCAAGAACCGGCCGGCGGUGCUCAAGUGCAAGGCCUCGCAUUCGCUGCAGGUGAUCUUCAAGUGCAGCGGCAGCUCGCAACCGCCGCCCUCCACGCACGAAACCCACGUGGACCCGCACACAGGGGUCAACAUGGAGGAGGUCACCGCCACCAUCCACCGCGACCUGGUCGACGAGUUCUUCGGCGACGGGCCCUUCAAGUGCGAGUGCCACGCCUGGUCGUCGCGUGGCGUGGUCAAGAGUCAGGCCGCCACCGUCCACAUUGCCUAUAUUCGCAAGUCCUUCAACCAGUCGCCUACCUCGCUGCGCCUGGAGCUGGGCAGUCGGGCGGAACUGCGCUGCGAGCCACCCGGCGGCUUCCCCGAACCGAAGCUCACCUGGCACAAGAACAACGCGGUCAUCACGGCGGACAGCGAGCCGGGGAUCAGCGUUUCGGCCGGCACCCUCACCUUUCGCCAGGUGGCCCUGCAGCACAUGGCCAACUACAGCUGCAGUGCGGAGAAUAUAGCCGGCAGGCGCGUCUCCGAUUCCGCCGUGCUCAUCGUUUAUGUCAACGGUGGCUGGAGCACCUGGAGUCCUUGGCGUGAAUGCAAGUGUGCUGGUAAACCGAGUCAGGGACGCAAACGCUCUCGAACCUGCAACAAUCCAAUGCCAUUGAAUGGGGGCGCCCAGUGUCCGGGCCCCCAGAUCCAAAAGUCCCCCGAUUGCGCCGCAUGUCCAGAGGACACUCAAAUCGUGAGCCCUGAUGGAUUUGACAUUUCGUCGAGUAAGCGCAUGGCCCGCUGGUCGGCGUGGAGUGACUGGAGCAUCUGCUCCGCGGAGUGCAUUCAAGUGCGUCGCCGGAAGUGCCUGACUCAGGGCCAGACUCAGAUUUCCGAGGCGGCGGAGGAAGCCGGUGAUCUGCUCCUCGGAGCCGGUGUGGGCAUGGCCGCCCUCAUCGCCUCAGGGGGAGCAGGAGGAGGAGGUGGAGGAGCGGGAGCGGGAGCAACAGGAACCGGGGUAGGAAACCCCAGCGAAGCUACUGGCUCCAGUUCCGACAAUAUCCCAGGAUAUGGCAAAUCAUUGUGCGCCGGAAAAGACAUACAAACGGCCGAAUGCCGCGGCGAACAGUGCCAGAUUGGCAAGGAUGAUUUCGAUUGGACGCUCUAUCUGGGACUGGCCUUCAUAACCGCGGUGUGUUUCGCCUUUGGGACGGCGCUCAUCUGCUGCGCCCGCCGUGGCAUCCGCGCCAAUCCCCACUACAACAUGGCCCGCUCAGUAAUGGACGCGGAUUAUAUGCCCGGCGUCGUGGAAAAGAAGGAGAUGCGCAUGCACAUCGAGGCCAGCAACAUGGGAUACGAUUACGUCAAUCCCGGACAUCGUUAUUUGCCCGGCGAGCACAUCAUGGGCAUGGGCAUGGGCAUGGGCAUCGGAUGCGGAGGCGUCACCGAGCACCACUACGAUGUGCCCAAUCUGUCCGCCAACUAUACAAAUCCCAUAGACCAUUUGAGUGUGGAUUACUUAUCCGAGACCGGGGAAUCCUCCACCGCAGAUACCUCCAACUCCACUUUUGAUAUGAACGGCAAGCUGUCCAUACUGAACGCCUCGAAGAGCAGUAGCUACGAGCUCCUGGGCAGCGGGGGAGGGCAGCUGCGCCUCUACGGCGGAGAGCUGCUGCUCUUUGUACCGGAGCACGCCAUUGGCAAGCACCUGAAGAAGCACGUGUCCCUGCUGCUGCUGAGCGACGAGUGCAGCCGCGUGUCCUGCGCCACCGAGAGCUCCAUCCUGUGCAGCAGUGUGGUGCACAGUGCGCCGCGCAACUACAGCUUCGUGAAGCCGGUGAUCCUGAAAAUUCCCCACUGCCUCGUGGCUCCGGAGCAGUGGCAUGUGCACAUCUACCAUGCGGACAGUGAGCACGACGAACUGAGUGUGAAUUGGCGGCGGGCCGUGUCCGUGGGCGAGGAGACCAUCAACACACCCAUGUUUGUUCAGCUGGAGGCCAGGCAUGUGUUCAUCAUGACGGAGCAAUUGGGUCACUUUACCGUGGUGGCGGAACCGCGCGUUCAGCAGCCCUCGAUCAAGAUGAAGCUGCUGGCGUUCAGCCAGCACACCCCGCCCAGCAGUGCCAACUGCAGUCUGCGCAUCUACGUGGUGAAGGACUUCCCCAACAGCCGGGACAUCUGCGCCAAUGUGGAGGCCAAGCUGGGCGGCAGCUUCCUCGGCGAGAGUCAGGUGUUCGCCUUCUCGCUGAACAGCCGGAACCUCAGCAUCCGCGUGCGGAGUGCGGAUGUGGAGGCGGCGGCACCCUACGAGCAUGCCAUACCCUAUCAGCACAUCCUCAGCAACAACUCCAUCCUGCACUGCGAGUUCAGCUUGCGGCGGCAGGACCAGAACACCCUGUGCGUGGACUUUGGCCAGGGCAGCGAGGAUGACUACUAUACCUUCAACAUUCCAGCCCACUCGAUGAGCGGCUCGGCGGAGGAGCUGGCCUCCACGACGAACACCACCAUCUCGAUCGAUCGCCAGGGCAAUUAUGUGAACGAGAGCUGUGUGAUGGACUUUGUCCAGCUGCCGCAUGCCACCAAGCGUCUGAUCUGCGCCGCCCUGGAUCCUCCGCGGGCGGACGAGCGGGACUGGCGCUUGCUGGCCAAGAAGCUCAACACGGAUCGGUACAUCGCCUACUUUGCCACCAAGGCCUCGCCCACCGAACAGAUCCUCAACCUGUGGGAGUGCAGGGCGAACAGCUGCCCCGGUAACAGUUCCAACUCGGUGUCGCACACGAUAAUGGCGCUCCUGCUGACGCUCAAGGAGAUGGGCCGUCAGGAUGUGCUGGACAUUAUAGUGGAAACCAUUGGUCCACUGUGGAUUUAAAUUAGAAACCAAAGGACUAGUAAUGAUCCUGUUUGUAGGGCUCUUAUUUAGAGAAUUUGGCGGAAAAGGAACCUGUUUUUUUUAUAGAAUUUCUGAAACUAAAAGAAAAAGCUUUAAACUUUAAGAAGUUCCGUUUCCGACAAAUUCAGUAGAAACAGGAAAACGAAAACAGGAUGUAUUUAAAACUUAACAAACUAAGCGUUGAUUUUCUCUGUUGAGUUUUUUUUGAAAAGUUUCUCCCAGUUUCACCUGUCUUCACCCAGUUUUCAGUGACAAAUCACUAUUUGUUUCCAAAGAUAACUUAUCCGACAAACAUAUAUAACACCUAAGAACUGAACCACCUGCAAAGUUUGUUAACGUGAGAUGGGAAAAUCAGCGUGAGGCCCUUGGUCCCUUGUUGUUGAAAACAAAAAUGUUCAUGAGUUGCCUUUUAUUUACAAAAUGUAUGAACGACGCAAACGAAAAACGAAAUCGAAUCGAAACGAAACAAAAUCUGGAAAAUUGGAAUCGAAAUGACAAAUGACAAAUGAAAAAUAUUGAAUCAAAGUGUAGCUGUAGUCAUAUAUGAUGUAGUCACUAAGUUACUGUAGUGUUGUGUUCUAAGGUAACUUGCUCAACGAACUCUGUUCCCUAUGGGUGCCAUGCAUUUUAUACACUAAACAGGACGAAUGUAGCGAUUAAUUAUACUUGUGGCUUAGCAAACUUAUAGUUUUAAACACUAAACUCUAGGAUCUACGAUUGUGUAACUGUUUGUGUACGAUACGAUACGACAGCUGUAAGAUACGAAUUAUAAAUAGCGUAAGUUGUGUAUGGCCAAUUACGAAAGACAACCGACAGACGUUUGAGUUGUAAACUGUUUGCCAAAUCGUUGAAUCUCAGCCGACUCUAGUUACGAAUAGUCACUAAAAAGAUGAGCAGCAUUUUUGUAAUCAAAACUAAGCCAUAGCACACAUAUACCCGAAAGUAUGUAGCCUCUCAAAUAUUAUAGAUAUAUAUAUAUAUAUAAAGUGUAUUUAGUGUACGAUCUAGUAAUAGUUAUUAAACAAAACAACAAAACGAGUAGCUUGUUAGACAUACUCAAGUGAUAACCUUUGUAUUUGUCUUUAGUUGUAAGUCUGAUCCUGUCGUUUAAUCGUUAAUCAAGUAAGCAUUUACAGAACAAUGACGUAUACUUAGUGGCUCAAAAGAAAAGUUAAAUAAAAUAAAAACUGCAACAA